AUGUGCAUACCGAGACAUGACACGUUUAACUUUUUUGCAAAUGGCAUAUCUCAGCAGGUUACAUUUUUGUCGGGUUACACUAAUUAUCGACGGAUGUCGAAUAUACCAACGGCGCCGGGAAACGUUGGAUUUCCGCAGGCGUACGGUCGAAAUCAGCAAUAUCAACAUGUCCAACAGUUCAAUCAGUUUGCCCAGCCAUCGGCUGCUGCUCCGAAUAACAUCGGUCCAAGCUUCGCAGUGAAUCCCUUUCCGUUUCCUACAGCAACAACUUCAAAUGAACCGGUGAAACCAUUAGCAUCAUCCCAAGUUCCGAAUGGACCCAAUAAUUUCCAAGUUAACCAAUCAAAAAGUUAUGCGCCUCCAGUUCCGUCAGCUUUUGCCGGUGCCCCCACAGGAUUUCCACAACAGAUACCAUCAUUUUCAUCUGCUACCCAACCUGUUCUCAACGGUCAACCGCCUGUUGCUCAGCCACCUGUCGUUCCGACGAUCACUCAGCCUCCAGUAUCUUCAGCAUUUGCGAAUGCCCGACCAGCUCCGUUCCCUGCGGCUAGUGCGUCUCCGGCACUAGCGCCAGCUCCUUAUCAGCAGCAAAUGGCCCCUAGGCCACAGCCACCGGCCUCGUAUCCGCAACAGACAGGCUAUCCAUCGACUGCUUCACAGCCUGGUUUUCCACCUGCUCCACCACAAACAGGUUAUCCUCAACAGUACAAUCAGCCGCAAAUGCAGAACAUGAAUCAACAAUUUGAUCAAAUGAAACUGGGUGGUGCUCACGGGCAACAACAACAGCAAAUGGGUGGUUUCCGGAACGAUAUAAUCGAUUUGAUAGCUGAAAGAAAUAUUCAACAGCUCGGAUUUGAGGACAUAACAGUCCAGAUACCACAAUCAGUAGCAGAACCGAAUGCCCAUGUUGAUCCAAAUAUAUUUCGUUCUACUCUUGUUCAGGUUCCUCAAACUGAGGAACUUCUAAAAAAGAGUCGACUACCUUUUGCCAUCACUUUACAUCCUUUCCGAGACGUAAAGAAUCUCAACAUUAUUCAAUGCUCGAAUAUUGUCCGCUGCCGAUAUUGCCGCACAUACAUCAACCCGUAUGUGUACCUGCCUGAUCACCGACAUUGGAAGUGUAAUCUUUGUAAUCGGAACAAUGAUCUGCCGGAUGACUUCUGUUGGGAUCCAGUAACGAAAGCAUUCGGAGAUCCUCGUAACAGACCUGAAAUUCAAAAUGCUACUGUCGAAUUCAUUGCUCCAUCAGAAUACAUGCUCCGCCCACCGCAACCUGCUGUUUAUGUAUUCGUGAUUGAUAUCAGUGCCGCAGCAAUUCAAUCUGGAUAUUUGAAUACAUUUGCUGAACAACUACUGAUCAAUUUGGAUCAAAUGCCAGGAGAUGAUCGAGCUCAAGUAUGCUUCAUUGCAGUCGAUCAGUGCCUGCAUUUCUUCUCGUUCUCCAGCAACAAACGUUAUCCAAAUGAAAUGAUUGUUGACGACAUUGAUGACGCCUUCGUUCCUUCAGUCACUUCGUUGUUAGUACCAAUGAAAAAGUUCAAGGAUACGAUUCGUCAAUUCAUCAAACAACUACCAGAAUUCUACUCGCAAAUAUCACCAACUUCGAAUGGAAACUGCCUCGGAUCGGCGUUGAAGAUUGCACAGUCGAUGAUCCAAGAAAUUGGAGGAAGAAUAUCCAUAUUCCAAGUCAGCUUGCCAAAUCUUGGAUUGGGUGCAUUAAAGAGCAGAGAGGAAUCAACAGAAGGAGGACAAAAUUUGGGACCAGCCACUGAUUUCUACAAAGCACUUUCUCUUGAAUGUACCGGGUUUCAAAUUUGCCUUGAUCUUUUCAUGUUCAAUACGCAAUAUGCGGAUUUGGCUACACUCUGUAAGUUUAUUACCAGUCUUACUUCUAGUUCCAUUUAUUCAUUUACAGCGGAAGUCGCCAAGUUCUCAACAGGAUGUGUUUACCAUUUUCCUAACUACAAUUCUCGAAAUGAUGUUCAUCAAGUGAAACGAUUCGAACGGACACUCACAAGAUACUUGACUAGAAAACUUGGAUUCGAAGCUGUCUUACGCAUCCGCACAUCUCGCGGACUGGCACUUACUGGGUUUUAUGGAAACUUCUUUGUUCGAUCGCCUGAUCUAUUAGCAUUGGCCAAUGUCAACCCUGAUUCUGCUCUUGCUGCACAGGUUACCAUUGAAGAGAAGCUGCCACAAUACGUAUGCUUCCAAUCAGCCCUUCUUUAUACAUCCAGUAAAGGAGAUCGUCGUAUCCGAGUACACACGAUGUGCCUACCGACGACUGGUGAUUUGCUUCAACUGUACAAUAAUUUUGACUUGAAAGCCACUGUUUCCUAUUUGGCAAAGAUCGGUGUGGAACGGUCGAUGACAGGAAAUGCUCUUGCUGAUUCACGGGAAGCCCUUGUGAAUGCAGUCAUUGAUAGUGUCGGCGCGUACCAAAAAGCUGUGUCAAGAGGUAGUGGGAUGCUUGUACCCCGUUCUGGGCACCUCCGUCUCUUCCCGAGCUACGUGCUCGCUAUGCUUAAGCAUCCGGCCUUCACCUCUGGACGCGGUAUUCGCCUUGACGAUCGAGCCGGUGCUAUGCUGAUGAUGCGGGCAAGUCCUCUUGAUCAAAUCCUGGCCGACAUUUAUCCUCGUCUCUAUCGCCUGAACGAACUUGCAACAAUGCCUGAAGAUCAAACUCCUCCAAUGCUACCUCUUUCAUUCGAGCAUAUAAGUCGAGGUGGAGUUUAUCUUAUGGUUACCGGAACUAUUGCAUUCGUCUAUGUGGCUGCAUCAGCAGAUCCUGGUUUCUUGGUCAACGUCUUCGGAACAUCAAUUUACAAUGACAUUGAUGACUAUUCUCUGCUCGAGCGAGACAAUGAUCUGUCAAGAAGAGUACAUGCAUUUUUCAAGCAAGUUACUCAAUUCCGUUUUUACCUUGGUCCAAUAAUAACGAUAAAAGAACACUCCCCACUUCGAGAUGUAUUCGUCAGGAGACUGGUUGACGAUCGAUCAGAAUCAACACACUCAUACGUUGAAUUUUUGCAACAUCUAAAAAGAGAGAUUAGUGGCAACUAG